CCUCUCCUCCUUUUUCUCUCUCCAAUUUUUUUUUUCUUGGACCGUCUAUUGUCUUAAUCUCUCAUUAUAAUUUUCUCUGAUUGUUUUGAUGGAUCUAUUAGAGGAUGAAGAUCUGGUUAAGCAGAAGCAACGAGAAGAAGGAGAUAAAGGAAGUGUACUACCGGGAUCUGUUAUUAAUCAUAAAGAAGAUGAAGAAGAAUGUUAUGAUUCUGUUUCAAUAUCAACAGCAACAACAAUAGAAUCAUCAUUAUCAUCAAAUUAUUUCAGUACUGAUCAAGAAAUUAGUAGGAGUAGUAGUAAUAGUACAACAACAAGUAGUAGUAGCAGUAUUUCUAGUGAGAUUCUUCUUCCUUUAGCUGAUAUAAUGGCUGUUUCAUUACCUUCUUCUUCAUCAUCAAAUCUUAACCUAAUUUCUUCUUCUCCUUCAACCACACCUACUACCUCGACGAUUGAAAAUCCGAAUAAUAUUGUAGAAAAUUCGAAUAAUAAUGGUGGAGAUGACGGUGGAUUAACAGAAGCUGUAACGGUAAGAGGAUGUGUUGGUAAGAAAAAUAAAUAUGUUACUUGGGGUUUUUCUUCGAUUAUUGGAAGAAGAAAAGAAAUGGAAGAUGCGGUUUGUAUAAUACCUGGUUUUAUCAGUAAUCAUACGUGUCGUGAUAUCGGAGGUUGUACAGCUCCGUCGUCAAGAGUUUCUUCUGAAAUCCAACCCGUUCAUUUCUUCGGUGUUUACGACGGUCAUGGUGGAUCUCAGGUAGCUAAGUUUUGCGCUGAACGGAUCCAUGACACUACCGCAGAGGAAUGGGAGAGGGGAGGAACGGAUGUAGAUACAGAUGUAGAUGGAUGGCAUACAAGGUGGGAAACAGCAUUCAGUAGGGGAUUCGAGCGGGCUGACAACGAGGUUGCUGAGGAGUCGGUAGCUCCAGAAAUUGUUGGCUCAACCGCUGUGGUUGUUGCCUUAUCAGGUUGUCAGAUCAUUACUUCCAAUUGUGGUGACUCAAGGGCAGUGCUUUGUCGAGGGACUCAAACGAUCCCUUUAUCUAUUGAUCACAAGCCUGAUAGAGAAGACGAGCUUGCGAGGAUUGAAGGUGCAGGAGGGAGAGUCAUAAGUUGGAAUGGUGCUAGGGUAUUUGGUGUUCUUGCGAUGUCUAGAUCCAUUGGAGAUAGGUAUAUGAGGCCAUGGAUUAUUCCUGUGCCCGAAGUUACUUUCACGACAAGAAGUGAAGAAGAUGAGUGUUUAAUUAUUGCAAGUGAUGGGCUCUGGGAUGUGAUAUCUAAUGAUGAGGCGGGCGAGGUGGCUCGAAAUCUGUUAAGACGGCGACGAAGGUCAACCAUUUCAGAUAUAGCAUCACAUUCUGCAGCACAAGCGGUGGCUGACCAUCUUACUGACUUGGCCUCCAGGAAGAACAGUUCAGAUAACAUCUCUGUCAUAGUUGUUGACCUAAAAUCUAAAAGACGCCGUGUACAAAGACACUCAGCAGUAUAGUGGCCAACCUCUAUCUUAUACUAUAAAUUUUUAACCAUAUCUUUAAAAACCAGAUUAUGAAACUUGCAAAAUGGAUAUCGAAUUUGCAAAAUCAUCCCAGGGUCUAGGAUCAUAAUUCUUUCUUUCUUUCUGUUUGUAAAACACUAGGAGGCAAAAACAUUUCAAAGUAGCUAAGGUAGAAAUAAUUUAUCUGAAGUUGUAUAUUGUGUUCAUUUUUGGCCUGUUGCUUACUUUGGUAUUUCGGGUUGUUUGUCUAGUCAGUACUUUCAGAGUUUUUGGGAUCAUUGUAUGGAGAGCCAGGGUCAGUUUUCUGAUUUCUGAGCUUGUAUUAGCCAGAUCAGAGUGUAAAUAUACAUCUAUCUUACGUCAAGUUUGACAAUGUGUAAUGGAGUGAGAAUCACUUCCUCUUAUAAUCA